AAGGGAGCCAGAGUAACCCCACCAUCUGAAGGGGGAAGACAUACACUGCGACGGUCUGGUGGUGCCCUGUAUUGCAUCCUCUCGUGUCCCGCCAAACCGAGUGCUUCUGUGAGAGAGUUAAAGCGAGGAAGGAGAGUCUUAGCUGAUCCUAUGUGUCCCGGAGUGAGUGUCAACGGCGUCUCGAGAACACAGAUGAAGAAAACGAUGGAUACGGAGAGCAAGGAGGAGAAGGGGUUCAGCGGGCUGGUGGUGGGCGUGGGAGGCGUGGUGCUGGCCGCUUGCAUCCUGUUCAUGCGAGGACCCGUGCUGGAGGCGCCCGCUCCCGACGCACCCGCCCCGCUAGACUACGACCCGUGCUGUGCCUACCCGUGCCAGAACUUCGGCAUCUGCAUGACUGCCCCCAACAACAAGAACUACACGUGUGACUGUACCGGAACUGGUCACUACGGGGCUGACUGUGAAAUACCCACGUGGGUAACUUGGCUGAAGAAGAGUCUCAAGCCGGACCCUGAGACCAUCCACAAUCUCAUCACCUCCAACUGGCUGCUGUGGGCCAUCCUCAACCGCAUCCCCUUCGUCCACUCCCGCCUCAUGACCUACGUGUAUUUGUCUCGCGGGGACAUGGUCGACUCGCCUCCCACCUACGAGAGCGACCACCACUACAUCACCCUCAACGCCUACUACAACGAGAGCUACUAUGGACGCGCCCUCCCGCCCGUGCCCGAACACUGCCCGACGCCCAUGGGAGUCGUGGGGCCCAAGGAGUACCCGGACGUGGACGACCUCAUCAAGAAGGUGUUCCUGAGGCGAGAGUUCAAGGCGGAUCCCCAUGACACCAACCUCCUCUUCCAAUACUACGCCCAGCACUUCACACACCAGUUCUUCCGCACCGACUAUGCCAAGGGACCGCAUAUCACCAAGGGCUAUGGAGGGGUUGACGUGUCCAACAUCUAUGGUUUGAACGAACAGGACCGAAGGGCUCUCAGGUCAUGGAAGAAUGGAAAGCUUCUCACUCAGGUAAUCAACGGAGAAGAGUUCCCUCCAUUCCUGAAGGACGUGCCGGCUAUCACCAUGGACUACCCUGCCCACAUCCCUAUCCCGGAGAAUGGAAAGUUUGCCCUCGGCCACCCCUUCUUUGCCCUGCUGCCCGGCCUCUUUGCCUACUCAACCAUCUGGGUGAGGGAACACAACCGGGUGUGCGACGAGCUGCUGAAGGUUCACCCCAACUGGGACGACGAGCGCAUCUACCAGACCGCCCGGCUUAUCAUUGUCGGCGAGGUCAUCAAGAUCACCAUUGAGGACUAUGUGCAGCACCUGAGCCAGUAUAACCUCCGCCUGACCUUCGAGCCGCACCUCACCCACGGCACCAACUUCCAGUACCACAACCGCAUCCACGCCGAGUUCAACCACCUCUACCACUGGCACCCACUGAUCCCCGACGGCAUUGAGGUCAACAGCACUUACUACAGCAUCAUGGACAUGGCCUUCAACACCCAGCCGAUCUUCAAGCAUGGCCUAGAUAACUUCAUCCACGCCAUGGCUAACAGUCGCGCCGGAGCUCUGACGCACAGGAACCACGCUCACGCCCUCUACCCCGUCCUGAAGAAGCUGAUUGAGAACGGCAGGCAGCUUAAGUUCCAGAGCCUCAACAACUACCGCAGGAGGUUCGAGAUGAGGCCCUUCACCAGCUUCCUCGAUCUCACCGGUGACCCCGACCUCGCCUCUGACCUGGAGCAUAUGUAUGGGGAUAUUGAAGCUGUGGAGUUCUAUGUUGGUCUCGUCACAGAGCGCUCAGGUCCCUCCGUCACCCCUCUCUCCAUGGUUAAUAUGGGUGGGCCGUGGAGUGUGAAGGGGCUCCUGGCUAACCCCAUCUGCAGCCCCCGGUACUGGAAACCCUCGACCUUUGGCGGCGAGGAGGGCUUCCAGAUCAUCAAGACAGCCUCCCUGGAAAAGCUCUUCUGCCUCAACAUGAAGUCUGGCUGCAAGAACAUUAGCUUCAAAGUUCCCCAGGGCACCCCCAAGUAGACAGGUCCUCCACUUGUGUUCAUGUGUAGUGCCUUGUGAUGUGCCUUGGUGCAGUGCAUUGGUGAAGGAAGGGGUGUAAGGGGUAAGAGUUAGGCAUAGGAGAGGCUGAGGAAAUAGAGAGGAAGGAGAGAGUGGUGAGGUAGUGAAGAUAAAGAACUUGACAUAGGGGGAAGAUGAAGAAAAGAGAGGAGAGAGACAAAGAGUGAGAUAGUGAAGAGAGAGCACUAUACAAAACCAUAACUAGCUCAGGUCUGGGUUCGGAGGAGAGUUGCUAUUAACCAAGGCACAAGUAAACAGUCUUCCGGUAAUAAUAAUAAGCAUCUGCGUCUUGGGGUUCGAGUGGUCUCCAAGUGUACUCAAACAUUCCAAAGUGGUGGCGCCCAUUGCGUUAGUGGUUUAAGAGGCAUUUUCGUGGCAUUUGGUUACAUUUUCAAGACAGUCGGUUUGGAAUCUAUUGGCAGAAAUGACUCAGUAGUUUCCACAGUGAUCUUUUCUUACUUCGUUCAUUCAUGUGUUCAGUGGUGGAGUUUUGAUAUUCUUGUUGUACCUGAACUGGAAUCUCUUGUCCUGAUAUUGAAGGAAAGAGGAAAGUGAUAGGGUACAGGAGGAGGGCUGGACACCUUGCCUGCUUUUUAGAGUAAGUGGUAAGGUUUGUGAAGCCAUGGAAGUAAGACUGGUUAAAAAAAAGAAAAAAGUAAGAUAUUGAUAACGAAGAGAUAAAGGAAGUUAGACAUUGACAAAAAAAAUGUUAAAAGAAGUGAGACA